CUUUCGGUGACAGCAGAAAAAUGUACACUUCUCGCAGUCUAGGAGAUGUGAGUGACCGGUACCCUGUCAUUUGGCAGAAACAUGAGUAUGCAAUGUAGUUGUUGAUAUGCAAUCGACAAACCACCUGGUGCUGGUAAAUGCACCUGGGAGAGCGUUCUUAUCAGACAUGAUGGGGGAGAUUUUCAACCACAGCGCUGGCAGCAGCAAGUUUAACAGGUCUCUGACGGACAGAUUCAGCAGCCUGGAGGACAUAGAUGUCACUGCGGACGGGAGCCCGGUUCUCAGGAUCCUGAUUUCGAUCGUGUACUCCGUUGUCUGCGCCGUGGGCUUAGUGGGGAACUUGCUGGUGUUUUUCCUGAUGAAGAUAAGGCAGGGGAGAAAGAAAUCCACAAUCAACUUCUUUAUUCUUAACCUGGCUGUGACAGACUUCCAGUUUGUGUUGACCCUGCCAUUCUGGGCGGUAGACACCGCUCUGGACUUCAGCUGGCCGUUUGGAGAUGCGAUGUGCAAGAUCAUCCUCUCCGUCACCGUUAUGAACAUGUACGCUAGCGUGUUCUUUCUCACUGCCAUGAGCAUCACCCGCUACUGGUCUGUCGCCUCGGCUCUGAAGAACCGAACUCGACAGAUAACUUGCUCGGUGAAAUGGGUGAGCGCUCUGUUGUGGAUCUCAGCGACUGUGGCUACGGCACCAACAUCCAUAUUCUCCACAGUGACAACCGUAGCUGGAGAGAAGCUUUGUCUUCUGAAGUUUCCCGCUGGGCAUUACUGGUUAGCCCUUUACCACCUUCAGAAAAUCCUGAUUGCCUUUGUUUUGCCCAUGCUAAUAGUUUCAAUCUGCUAUUUGAUGCUUUUGCGAUUCAUUCGCCUGCGAAGCAUGAACAACAACCACCCAAAGCGGAGGUCCAGAGUCACCAAAUCCGUCACCAUCGUGGUGCUCUCGUUCUUCCUCUGCUGGAUGCCAAACCAUGCCAUCACUUUCUGGGGUGUCUUGGUAAAAUUCAAUGUGGUUUACUGGGACAGAACAUACUACAUCGUUCACACCUACGUGUUUCCAGUAACUGUCUGUCUCGCUCAUGUCAACAGCUGCUUAAAUCCAGUUCUAUAUUGCUUAAUGAGAAGGGAGUUUAGGAAGAUGCUAAAGGAUUUAUUUUGGCGAAUUUCUUCACCCGCUAUUUCUAACAGCUGCCAAAUACGCCCGUUUUCUGGCACUAUAAAACCAGAACAGGAUGACACCCAAGUAGUUAUUCCUCUCAACGUGAUCGACACCGAGCACUCCAGACUAUCCAUCAUUAACGGACGAUGUGACGCGCUGCCUUUUUCAAGCGGAGUGGUGGAGAGGUGAGGGACUGCACACGGGAAGGUGGAGGUGCCAUGCAACGUAUACACGUGCCCAUACCAGCGACUGAAGAUGUCAUAUGUUUACGACUGAGACCUUUCUUAUUUUCUUCGCCAAUGUCAAUGUUAAAAUGUGAAAUUCGUGACGUGCCAAAUUCAGUAUGUACUGUAAACAUGCGUGUCUUUUAAGUUGCAUUAACUCUGCGGUUCAAACCAUGUGCAUGACUUGAAUUUGCCUUUCUGUACUAUACAACAUUCUGUCAGCAAAGCCAACUUUUAAAUGUAAACAUGCAACAAGCAGUGCUCAUUGAAAUCGUUUUGUUGGGCAUAUGCCGCAAUCUUUACGCAUCAGUGUUAUGAUCACAAAAUCACAAGCACGUGUUUGUUCUUUGUGGGCGUACACUGGUGUGCUGUGAUUUUGGGGUUUGGAAUGUGCAAAAAAUAAGAUUUGAGCGCACGCUGUCUCGCCUUAAAUAUAGUUUUAAAGUAUUACUAUGGCCCUAUACCGUGUUUUGAUCUGAAAAGUAUGUUUCAGUGUUACUUUUUAGCUAUACUUUGUCAGAUGCCUCAAGACAGUAUACAUUUCCUAUAAACACGGAUAGAAAAGAUAUACCUGCAUUAAAUACCGGUCUUAUCUAUCCGAAAAGUAUCCAGGGAAAGGGAACUUUCUGUAUUUUUAAUGUAAGUAAUGUUUCUGUAGAUGUUGCAAAUGAGCAUUGUGUUCUCUUGAGUAACUGAAUGUAAGGA